AUGACAGCAAUUUCUGUGUUAAUUUUAAUUAUGCUUUUUGGUUGCUUAUGUUCGGUUCAAGCUGCUGCGACUGGUGUAGAUAAGGGUGCAGCUGAACAAGAAGCUGCUACUGCUUUUGCUGAAAAAUCAGCAUGUUGUGGAGUUUGUUGGAAUGGACAAAUUUCAGGUUGUCCUUGCCGUUGCCAGGGCCAAUUUGCAUGCUGCUUCUAA